CAAUUGACAAUUGUCAUGCUUUUCAAACUAAUUUUUUUAUUUUCCUUGAUUCAUAAUGCUGAAAAUUUUCAACUUUUUUAAUAAUUAUCAUCUAGAAGUUGCAGCUCUUCAACCUCAAGAUGAAUCAUAUCAAAGUGGAGGCAGACGACGACGUUGUGUACAUUGGGUCGAGUAAGAGCUCUUUAAAGAGCGGAAAAGCUUCUAUGAAAGUCGAACCAACGGAUGCUUCGAUUCAUGAUUCGCUCAUUAGGCCUAUCUCGGCUCCUGGUACAAUCAGUUCGGAGAAUGCGAAUGUUAAUGUGAAAUCGGAACGUGAGGCGUCGAAAUCCAAUCCAAAUAUUCCACGAUCUGAGAAUCUACUCGAUACAAAAUUGGAUCGCCAAGAACUUGCGUCCUUCCCUCGGAAUAUUCAACAAUCUGAAAAUCUGCAAUCAGCGCAAACUUUCCCAGCUGUGAAUCGAGGAAGGAAACGCCAAAUCACUCACGAAAAUGCCGAUAAUGCGAAUCCGGCAAAGCGGCCAGACUUGAUGGCGAGUCACUUCAUGAUGCUGAACAUCAGGGACAAACAUGUGGUGCAGCGAGCGACGAGAAUUCUUCGUUUCUUGGGGAUAAAAGAGUUUAUCUUCUCGGAUCCAAUCGCUCAAAGCGUCGCAAAUGAAAGUCGAUCGGCCGUCGCGUUCACCGUUUCCCCAAAGGAUUCCGCAAAAAUUUUGGAAAAAAAUCAACGACGAGAACUGGAUUGAUGUUUUCGAUUGCAAGAAAAUAAAGGAGCGCAAACAAGAGUUCUUCUGGUACAAGCUGGAUCCUCUUGAUUUGGCCAAAGCAGUGGCAAUGGCUUCACAAUGAACGACAGAGGAGUCAUCCCGUAUCCAACACCAACGCUCAAUGA